AUGGUAUCACACAAGUUCGUCACGUUCGACGUCGACAAGAAGCUCGCGGAGCUCUCGCUCGCGGAGAAGCUGAAGCUGCUUGGAGGCAAGGACUUUUGGACCUUCGAAGACGUGCCGGAGAAGGGCAUCCCCUCCGUUCGCACCUCGGACGGUCCCAACGGUGUCCGCGGGCGCAACUUCUUCAACGGCGUCCCCAGCUCCUGCUUCCCAUGCGGCACGGGACUCGCAGCCUCCUUUGACGUCGAGAUGGUUCAGCGAGUGGGUGAGGCGCUCGGCGACGAAUGUAUCGCCAAGUCUGCGCAUGUCCUCCUUGGACCGACUGUCAAUACUCAGCGCUCGCCGCUCGGUGGACGCGGGUUCGAGAGCUAUGCGGAGGAUCCGACGCUCAGCGGUCUCGUUGCGGCAGCGUACAUCAAUGGCGUUCAAUCCAAGAACGUCGCCGCAACGAUUAAGCAUUUUGUGGCCAACGACCAAGAGUUUGAGCGCUUCUCGUCGUCCUCGGAAGUCUCGCAGCGCGCCCUCCGCGAGAUCUACCUCGAGCCCUUCCGCCUCGCCGUCAAGCACUCGAAGCCCAAGGCUUUCAUGACCGCUUACAACCGGCUCAACGGCCUCCACUGCUCUGAGGACAGGAACUUGCUUGACGGAAUCCUGCGAGGCGAGUGGGGAUGGAAGGGCUUGGUCAUGAGCGACUGGACGGGCGUCUACUCGGUCGAAGAGUCGAUCAAGGCUGGCUUGGACGUCGAGAUGCCCGGCCCUCCAGUCAUGCGGAACGUUUCCAACGUCGCUCGCGUACUCGGCGCCGGCAAGCUCACAAUGAACGACAUCGACGCACGAGUCCGCACCGUCCUCGAGAUGGUCAAGUACGCCAUCGACAGCGGCAUCCCCUUCUACGGCGGCGAAACCAAAGUCGACACGCCUGAACUCCGGGCUCUUCUGCGCGAGGCGGCGGCGAACGCGACGGUCGUCCUGAAGAACGACUCGAACCUGCUCCCGCUCGGACCAGCGACGCUCGCAGGCAAGAAGGUCGCCGUCAUCGGCUCGAACGCCAAACUCGCGUUUCCUUCCGGCGGCGGGUCCGCCUCGCUCAAUGCCUCUUGGGUCGUCUCGCCCUUCGAAGCGAUCGCCUCGGCAGCGACAGAGGUCGGCGCUGCGUCUGUCGACCACGCCAUCGGCGUCGCCUCGUUCCGCUACGUCCCCCUCUGCGACCCGUACCUCUCGAACGCCCGCAUCGACUUCUACUCGACCACGCCUCCUCCGCACUGGUUUACUCGUGCCGACACUGCACCGAAGCAGGCCAACUACUCGAUCGAGACGGCGACAUCGAACGCAUUCCUCAUCGGCACCAUCCCCUGGGAGAAGCUUGGGAUGCACGUCUCGACUCGCUACACCGCAACGUUCACGCCCGACGUCUCUGGCCCAUGGACGUUCGGUCUCGGCUCGAUUGGCGGAGCAAUCCUCUUCGUCGACGGCCAGCGCGUCGUGGACAACACGAAUCCGACGCCUGGCGACCUCUUCUUCACGAUGGGCUCGACCGAAGUCUGCGGCGACAUCGACCUCGAGGCUGGGCGGUCAUAUCAACUCGAAUUGCACGGCUAUGCCGACCCCGAGGCAUUCGGCCCGAGUCCCUUCUCGUUCAAGGCGUCGUUCCGCCUCGGCGCUUUUCCGAAGGCAACACCCGAAGCGAUGCGCGAGGAAGCGGUCGACCUCGCCUCGAACGGCGACGUCGCCAUCGUCGUCGUCGGCACGAACCCGGACUGGGAGUCGGAAGGGUUCGACAGGAAGAAUAUGCGGAACCCAGGCGAGACGGACGAGCUUGUCCGCGCUGUCUUGCGCGCGCAGCCCAACACGAUUGUCGUCAACCAGUCGGGCACGCCGGUCGAGUUCCCCUGGGUCAACGAGGCGUCGACGCUCGUCCACACCUUCUUCGGCGGCAAUGAACUUGGGAACGGGCUUGCCGACGUCCUCUUCGGCAAAGUCUGCGCCGCUGGCAGGCUCCCGCUCACUUUUCCCGUCCGCCUUGAAGACAACCCAUCCUUCAACUCGUUCGGCAUCACUUCCGACACGCCCGGAAAGGUCUUCUACGGCGAGGGCAUCUACGUCGGCUACCGACACUACGACCGUCUCAAGCUCUCUCCCGCCUUCCCCUUCGGCUUCGGCCUCUCGUACACAACCUUCGCCUUCGACUCGCUCGAGCUCUCUCCGCCCUCGUCGCUAGGCGACUUCGCCGUCUCGUUCCGCGUCGCCAACACCGGCGAGCGCGACGGCGCGGAAGUCGCGCAGGUCUACAUCUCGACUCCGUCGGACGGCUCGCGCAUCACCUCGCCCGUCAAGGAGCUCAAGGCGUUCCGCAAGGUGUCGCUCAGCGCCGGCGAGUCGAAGGAGGUCGUCGUCGAUCUCUCGAGGGAGGCGUUCUCGUACUGGGACGAGUCGGUCGUGUCGUGGGUCGCUCCGGCUGGAGCGUACCGAGUUCUCGUUGCGACGAGUGCGGCGGAGGAGGAUGUCAAGCUCGAGGGUGUCGUGCACCUCGAGCAGGAGAUCCGCUGGAACGGGCUGUAG